CAUGCAGCGUUCCCAUCUCUUCUUCACCAGUGAAGGACGUAGCGGCAGCUGGGCCACAUCUCUUCUUCACCACUGAAGGACGUAGCGGCAGCUGGGCCACAUUGCUGCCUUCUACUGUUUUCUACCUUUUGUGUUCUGGUCGGCUCUCUCUCUCACUCUUGUUUCGCGCACCCACCCCAGUCCCACCCCUCCUCUUAGCAUCUCAAAAGACCACUGAGAGAGAAUCGAUGGCGCAGAGGCCCGCCUUGCUGACAGGACAAUAAAACCACAAAAGAAGAAAAGGGACCUGCCUUAGUCCGCUCCGUUGUGAGAUCCAGGGAUGCCCCGUCAGACCGAGGACCUGCCCCAACAGUCCUGCCUCCUCAACUGGGCACCGCUUUGCUGACAGCCUCUAAUCCCCUGGAGCCUCUGGAGCUUCUGAAUCCUCAAACCCAAGGCAGAGGUUCCCAUGAGGCCCCCCAGGAGAACUCAGCGUGACACCUCUGUAUGGGGCCUCCAGCAUAUGCAGUGCUGAAGAUGCAUCUAGAACGAGAGAGAGAACUAUGUGAUGUGACUUUCUCGUCCUCGUCCUCCUCCUCCUCCUCCUCUCCUUCAGUUGACAUGGAGAAUGAAGACGGAACCUGUCUGCUUGAUGUUUUGUGUGAUCCCCAAGCCUUAAAUAACUUCCUUCAUGGAACAAACGAGCUGCAGAAUGAUGACCUGCUCAUUACCUGUUCCUCUGGAGAGCCCUCCUCCCUCUUCACUGACACCCCGAGCCCAAUGUCUCUGUUGGCAGAUGACAUUACCCCCCCUGCAGAAUGCGUUGACCUGUCCUUCCUGGAAGAGGCUCUACUGGGGGGGUCUCCCGAGGGAGGGGGGGAGAGAAGUGGGGAGGGAGAGGAAGUGCAGGAGGAAGAGGAAGUACCGCCCUGUGACAUUCUCCAGCAGAGUCUUCAGGAGGCUGACAUCACAGAGCACACUAUGGCUCAGGAGGCAGGGCUCGUCCAAACAGGGCCUGGGGAGGGCCACACCCUGUCUCUCUACACACCUUGCCCCCCACUCCUCCUCCCUCCUGCUGCCGUGCCGUUCCUCUCCAAAACCCUAGCCUUCCCUCACCCCCACCCUGGCCCACACACCCUGCAACACAGGGACACCCAGGCGGCGGUGGAGCCUCCCCAACCAUCCCUGCUGGCCGUGGGACCAGGCUGCCCCUCGCUGAAGCCUGCUGCUCCCCAGCUGAUGGGCCUCCUCCCUGGGAACAUCUUCCCCGCACCCUCGCCAGAGACUUCCUUCUCCCUGACCCCUGCACAGGCCUCCAACACCUCCUUUUCCCUCAUCCAGAAGGCAGUUCCUAGCCUGACAGGGCGCCCCCUACUGGCCCCAACCCUCAGAGCGGCUGCAGCUCCCGGGAUCUUUCUCCAGAGAGGACCCCUGCCCAUCCAGCCCAAGCUGCCUAUCAGCAUCCAACCCCGACUUGUUCAGAUCAGCCCUAAGCCUCCUGGUCCUGGUGGGCCUGGUCAGAAACCCUCUCCAGGUCUCACCUUCCUCCCUGGGACGCCCUCGUCAAACAUUCUCGUGUCCCCCCCUCCUCCCCAGCCCAAGCCUGCCCAACACCUCACCAAGCCCCAUCCCCAACCUGCCCAACACCUCACUGCCCCACACCUCACCAAGCCCCAGCCCGUCAGCCUGCAGCUGGUCAACCAGGGAGGAGGCUCCUUCCUGAUCCAGCCUCAAGGUCUCUUCCAUGGCCAGAAUCAGUUCCUCCUGCCUGGCCAAUCCCCUGUCACCCUGUCCCAGCUCCCUGGCCAAUCCCCUGUCACCCUGUCCCAGCUCCCUGGCCAAUCCCCUGUCACCCUGUCCCAGCUCCCUGGCCAAUCCCCUGUCACCCUGUCCCAGCUCCCUGGCCAAUCUCCUGUCACCCUGUCCCAGCUCCCUGGCCAAUCCCCUGUCAACCUGUCCCAGCUUCCUGGCCAAUCCCCUGUCACCCUGUCCCAGCUCCCUGGCCAAUCCCCUGUCACCCUGUCCCAGCUUCCUGGCGGUUCUGCGCGGCCCCUGUUCACCUCUGGCCACCAGGGCGCAACAGUCCAGUCUGUCCAGGGUAUGACACCCUCCAUGGGCCACCACCUGGUAGAUGGCUCCCAGAUCCUGACGGCCGUGCCUCACCACAGACAGCUCAACUUCAGCCCCCACACAGUCUUCAGCACCACCUCAACAGGCCAGCUCUCCCUCCGCCAGGGAACACUGCUCUCUGGCUCCCUGCAGCUACAGUCAGGGUCGCCUACUGUCUUCCAGAUGCCAGCCCAGUUGGCGGGUGCCUACAAUCCCCAGGGGUCCCAGGGGCAGGGGGGUCCAGGCCAGCAUGCCACCCUGCUCCACAGCCCUGCUCUAGGGAGCCACAUCACCCUGAUGCACUCUGGGAUGCAGCUCACCUCAACCCACCCAGACAGUCACAUGACCUCGAUUUCCAUCCUCAACACCACCCCUCCUGCUGUAGUACAGGGCCUCCCCUUCACCCCCCAGACCUCCAGACCCCUAGGGGGUGUUACAGAUGGACAGAUCAGUGUUCAGCAGGCGUCUGUAGUGUUGCUGCCUGACAGAGCUGGCCAUGAGGAGAGGAGGGAGCAAGCGGCGUCCCCACACCUGCCUCAGUCGACAAGGCACCUUUUCCAGCAGCAUGCCUCUCUCCAACCCUCCACCGCCAGUCUCCAGUCCACUUCUCCCCCUGUAAUGGCCCUCCUACAGACCCCGCUGGAGGCCCCACAGGCCCUGGACCCACCUGGUAUGCUACCCAAAUACCUGCUAGACCAAGUUGGGACGUUACACAAACACCUGCUGGACCAAGUUGGGACGUUACCCAAACACCUGCUGGACCCAGUUGGGACGUUACCCAAACACCUGCUGGACCCAGUUGGGUCGUUACCCAAACACCUGCUGGACCCAGUUGGGUCGUUACCCAAACACCUGCUGGACCCAGUUGAGUCGUUACCCAAACACCUGCUGGAUCCAGUUGGGUUGUUACCCAAACACCUGCUGGACCCAGUUGGGUCGUUACCCAAACACCUGCUGGACCCAGUUGGGAUGUUACCCAAACACCUGCUGGACCCAGUUGGGUCGUUGCCUAAACACUUGUUGCGGGACCAGACGGAGACAGGGACAAAACCAGGGGUGGAGAAAGUUUGCAGCCCCACCCAGGCCUUCAGCCAUCAUCUACAACAGCAAGCACUUACCCCUCCCAAUCCCUCCCCAUCACCUGAGGUCCUGGCUGGGACUGUGUCAGUGGAGGAUCACACUGUCUCCGCUGUGGCCAGUGAGAUGGAGGAGGCCCCUCCACCCAUCCAGCCAGCAGUUCUAGGACAUGCAGGAGCCCAGUCUGCGAUGCCCCUCAGCCCUUGUGUGUUGGUGGCCUAUCCAGCUUCACUACACCCAGAGACAAAGGAGACUACUCUGCUAUGCCACUCUCCUACCCUGCUAUGCCACUCUCCUACCCUGCUAUGCCAAUCUCCAUCUGAGCAGGGUUUAGGGACCACACCCCCGGCUGGGCAGGGCUUAUGGACCACCCCCCCGAAUGGGCAGGGCUUAUGGACCACACCCCCAAAUGGGCAGGGCUUAAUGAGCACCCCCCCGAAUGGGCAGGGCUUAGUGAGAACACUCCGGAAUGGGCAGGGCUUAGUGAGCACACCCUUUACUAGGCAGGGCUUAGGGUCCACACCACAACAAGACAGUUUAUCUUCCCCACCAAGUGGGGCCACCUCCCUGGGACUGGCUGGGUCUGGAUCUGGGUCUGGAAGUGCCGUCCCUCAAAUCCAGGCUGCAGUGUUCAGAAGCCGCUCCCCUCUGCCUGUCAGCACCUCCCCCCAGCUCCAGACUGCAGUGUUCAGAAGCCCCUCCCCUCUACCUGUCAGCACCUCCCCCCAGCUCCAGACUGCAGUGUUCAGAAGCCCCUCCCCUCUGACUGUCAGCACCUCCCCCCAGCUCCAGACUGCAGUGUUCAGAAGCCCCUCCCCUCUGCCUGUCAGCACCUCCCCCCAGCUCCAGUCUGCAGUGUUCAGAAGCCCCUCCCCUCUGCCUGUCAGCACCUCCCCCCAGCUCCAGACUGCAGUGUUCAGCAAUCCCAGCCCCUCUCCUCUACCUGUCUGUAUGCCUCAGCAGCAGCCUGAACCCCUCCUAGCGCAGCCUGACCCCCUCCUAGCGCAGCCUGACCCCCUCCUAGUGCAGCCUGACCACCUCCUAGCGCAGCCUGACCCCCUCCUAGUGCAGCCUGACCACCUCUUAGCGCAGCCUGACCACCUCCUAGUGCAGCCAGACCACCUCCUAGCGCAGCCAGACCACCUCCUAGCGCAGCCUGACCACCUCUUAGCGCAGCCUGACCACCUCCUAGCGCAGCCUGACCACCUCCUAGCGCAGCCUGACCCCUUCCUAGCGCAGCCUGACCCCCUCCUAGCGCAGCCUGACCCCCUCCUAGCGCAGCCUGACCCCCUCCUAGUGCAGCCUGACCCCCUCCUAGUGACUCCCAGCUCCCAUGGAGAUCAGGCUAACCAGCAACACACAAAGCAAAGCAAACCACCAGCUGCCUUGGACAUGGAUGUGGAGGGUAAAGCCUUUACUCUUGAUGUCCAUCCACCUUCUCCCAGACCCCAGUGGCCACCAGGCCCCCACACAGUCCAGGGGCCCAACACAGUUCGGUGGCUCCACACUGUCCAGGAGCCCCAGAACGACCAGGGGCCCCAAUCCCACAGAGAGCAGGACCAGUGGCUCAGAGCAGUUCAGACAGCCCAACAGUCAAAGACAAAGGUGGCCGGUCCCGUGGCGAAGGAGAGAGAGCAGAGACUGACUGAAACGAUGUGCAGGCUCCAACAGCAGCUGUGUCAGGACCAGAGACCGGUCCAGAGCCCUUACAUCUGUUCUCCCUUCUCCUCAUUGGGGGAGGCUGUGACACACCUGUUACCAUACCACACCUGUGCCGGACACCUGCCUAGUCAGGACGACUUCAACUUAGUGGACAAGCAGUUUGACACUGUGUCCGGGUUCCUACUGAAACGCACCAAGGACAUGCUCAACAAAUACAGACAGCUACUGCUCGGGGAGGCACUGCAGGUGAUGCCGUCGGCAGAGAUGGUGAUGCUGGAUCGUCUGUUCCUCCAAUCAGAGAGGUUUUCCCUGGGGGAGGACCGACACAGGGCCCGUAGAGACCCAGAGUCCUUCCUGAUGACCCUGCAUGCAUCUGAGUCCUCCAGCUUCGCGUCAUCCCGCGUGGGGCUGGAUCGGUCUGGCAGCCUCCCCUCCCCCCCAGCUUGGACCAGACUCUCCGACCGACCCCCGGGACUCAGGACCUACCACUCCACCAGCCGCGGAGGCCUUAGGCUCACCAUCAAACACAAGGCUGGAUCCAGGAUGGUGGUUCACAACUCAGCCUGUGACACCGUGCACGCUACUGCCCCCUCUGGUCACAAGCGGUACUACACCGGCCAACUGAUAAAUGGGAGUGUUGAUCUGACUGAGCAGGGCUCCUCCCAUAGGACCUCCUGCCAUCCAAUCGAUGAGGAGAUGUCGAACGGAGCCCUGCCCUCCAAAGUAGUAGAGGACAUCCCACAUGGUCACCAUAGUGACAGCAGGGAAUCUGUUGCACAGAUUCAGACAGCAGCACUGGGUUCACAAUAUAUAAGUUCCCCAAACUCCCUUACUAUGCCGAGCUUAGACCCACAGACUGCCUGUCUAGAGCCUCCCCCUUCAGACCCUGGAGAGAUGAGUACCCCCAAACUGAAACGCUUCAGGCCAACACUUCCGGACCUCCCAUUCCAGGCGGACAGGCACAGCAACAGGCCCCCGCCUUUUCCACAGACCAGCUACAGGCCCCCGCCUUUUCCACAGACCAGCUACAGGCCCCAGCCUUUCCCCCAGACCAGCGACAGACCCCAGCCUCUUCCCCAGACCAGCUAUAGGCCCCAGCCUCUUUCCCAGACCAGCUAUAGGCCCCAGCCUCUUUCCCAGACCAGCUAUAGGCCCCAGUCUCUUUCCCAGACCAGCGACAGGCCCCAGCCUCUUUCCCAGACCAGAGACAGACACCAGCCUCUUUCCCAAACUAGCUACAGGCCCCAGUCUCUUUCCCAGACCAGCAACAGACCCCAGUCUCUUCCCCAGACCAGCGACAAACCCCAGUCUCUUUCCCAGACCAGCGUCAGAACCCAGUCUCUUUCCCAGACCAGCAACAGACCCCAGUCUCUUUCCCAGACCAGCGACAGGCCCCAGCCUCUUUCCCAGACCAGCGACAGGCCCCAGCCUCUUCCCCAGGCCAGCUACAGACCCCAGCCUCUUCCCCAGACCAGCGACAGGCCCCAGCCUCUUUCCCAGACCAGCGACAGGCCCCAGCCUCUUCCCCAGGCCAGCUACAGACCCCAGCCUCUUCCCCAGACCAGCGACAGGCCCCAGCUUCUUCCCCAGACCAGCUACAGGCCCGAGGCUAGUCCUAGCCCCCAACCCCCCCUGCCAGAGGACAACACCCUCAGUGAACACCUGCAGAGUGCCAUUGACAGCAUCCUGGAGCUGCAGCGCCUGCAGGGUCCCACGGCUGCAGCCCAGCCCCGGAUUCAGGGGGCGUGCCCGGUUGCAGGCCCCGCCUCCCUACUGGACCAGGCCAUCACUAGCAUCCUACAAGGAAACCUCUAGAGACUCCUGAGAGGAGGGACACCUCGAAGGAAGGGGAGGGGGAAGAACUCAGCCUGUUUCAAAACGUUCGGUCUGCUUUAACCAAGCUAGGAGGACGAGGGAUAAAGACUAGGCACAAAAAAAAAACAGGAAAUGCAGAGAAAUUUACACCAAGCAUUAUCUUCUAGAUGGCCUUCUAGAUAGUUGAUUUGAUGUACAUGUGAGAUGAAAUCUAAUUCAGUAGGAGAUAUACCGUGUCAGUGGUAGUUUGAGGAUCACGACGCCGGGUGUAACCAAACCGUCAUAAUAUUUAUAAAUAACAGUGAGAAACAGAGACAGGAGAGCAGCAGGCUGAGAUUAUUCAUUUUAUACUUCGUUUUUCAAAAAAGACAUUCUUAAAAUGUGAAUUAUUAUUAUUAUUUUUGCUUUAUAUUACUAAGAUGAUCCUAUAGUGUAUUAUUUCAAUAAUCUGUGCCAACUGUGUAAAAUGUGAUUAUUGGGUUGAAUAAGAGCAGGAAGGUUGUCUUUAUGUGAAUCUCUGUGCCUGGGUGUAGGGGGUAGAUGGUGAGUCAGUGUUUUUUAGGAACAUUGUGAAUGACCUGAUGAUUCUUUCUUCAACACAACGGUUUAACCCCAAAGAAACGUAUUGUUCAUCUGGGGUGUAUUCACUACGAACAAGCGGAAACAAGACAGGGGGCGAAACAGGGAAGCACCUACUUGACUUUUGCCCAAUAGAAUCUCUUGUUUCGGUUAGCAAAAUGUUUUCUGUUGCAAAAAAAAAAAAAAAAACAUUUUUGCUGCGGUGUGCACUAAU